AUGGCCUACCCGGUUGAGUCACUUGGACGGGAAUAUGUGGUAGUCACCUACUGUAAAAACUAUAAAUGCCAAUUCGCAGUUGUUGCCACAAAGAACACGACGAAAGUCUCCAUAUCACUAAGAAUGGACCAAAUUAAUAACGUUGUCUUUAGAAACAAAACUUACACCAAUGGCAGUUUACUACAAGUAAUCCUUAAGAGAUAUCAAACACUUCAGAUCCAGAGCAAGGGAGACCUAACAGGCACAAGAAUAGAGUCAUCUGAAGCAAUUGCCGUAUUUGCUGGAGCGCCUUUAACACCUAUGUAUGAGGACAAUUCUACAUCCAUUGUCUAUUCGCGAGAUCAUCUAGUGGAUCAGUUACCGCCAGUCUCCAGUUUGGGUUCUGUCUACGUCAUCUCUCCGUUCCCCAACACAAUGUCAGAAGACUACAUCAGGAUCGUAGUAUAUAAGAACACGUAUGUACAGGUGGAUGGCGUCCUACAUAACAUUACAACUUAUGAUCGCUACAGACAGUUUCUGUUACCUGCGGGCAGACAUACUAUUGUGACGUCUGGCAGUCCAGUUCUCGUAGCACAAUUUUCCCAAAGUACAAGUGAUACGACUGAUUAUGGUGAUGCUUCUGUUGCCAUUGUUGUCCCAGUGGGUAGCUGGCGCAGCGAAUACGUUUUCAGCCCACUCAAUUUCAUAGAUGUAUUUUCGAAUAGAUCUACGUAUGUUUCCAUAGUAACCACAACGUCAUGUAUGUCUGAUGUGUUGCUGGACGGGGAACCCAUUGCAAGUAAGUGGAUUGAAAAUGCCGAAUAUGCUCACACGUCAUUUGAUUUGUACGGCACAAAGCAUCAUCUUUCCGUGAAAAAGAAUACAUUUCUGUUGGUGGACUCUUGUUCCUGA